GCUGACGUUGGCCCGUGACGCGUGUGACGCUGCCCCGUGAGUUCACGCCGGGCCGGGCGGGGCGGUUGCCGGCCCCGCACUCCGCUCGCCAUGCGCCGGGCGCUGCCGCCGCUCCGCGCCCUGCUCGGGGCCGCCCGCCCGCCGCGGCUCCCGGCGCCCCGGGGGAUGUGCGGCCCCUUGGCCGGGCGGAGCGGGCACAGCGCGCUCAGGGGGCUGCCAUCCUUUGGAUUCCUCUUUGACAUCGACGGGGUGCUGGUGCGGGGCAGGACCCCCAUCCCUGCUGCCAGAGCCGCCUUUCGCAAGCUGGUCAACCCUCAGGGACAGUUCCUGGUGCCCGUGGUCUUUGUCACCAACGCUGGGGACUGCCUGCGCCAGAAGAAGGCUGAGCAGCUGUCUCACCUGCUGGGGGUCCCAAUUUCCCAAGAUCAAGUGAUGAUGUCUCACAGUCCACUGAGGAUGUUCAAGCGUUAUCAUGAAAAAUGUGUCCUGGUAUCUGGACAAGGACCCCUUCUUGAUAUUGCUCAAGACCUUGGCUUCUGCCAGCCCAUCACCAUUGACACUCUGAGGGAGAAACGCCCUCUGCUCGAUGCAGUUGACCACGACAGAAGACCCAAUGUCCUGUCCCCAUCUGCUGUGGAGCUUCCCAAGAUUGAAGCUGUGGUGCUGUUUGGGGAGCCAGUCAGAUGGGAAACCAGCCUGCAGCUGAUCAUUGAUGUUCUGCUGACCAGUGGCUAUCCUGGAAACCCCUAUGGGCAGGAAAGCUACCCUCACCUCCCUGUGCUGGCCUGUAACAUGGACCUGAUGUGGGUGGCUGAGGCACAGUCCCCAAGGUUUGGGCAUGGAACGUUCAUGGUUUGUUUGGAAAACAUUUACAAGAAGAUCACUGGCAAAGACCUGAAGUACGAGGCGCUGAUGGGCAAACCCAGCAGGCUGACAUACCAGUAUGCAGAGCACCUGAUCCGGGCCCAGGCCCUGCAGAGGAGCUGGGAGCAGCCCAUCCAAACCCUCUACGCUGUGGGGGACAAUGUGAUGACGGACGUGUACGGAGCCAACUUGUACAACCGCUACCUGCAGGAGAGCUCCAGGAGCCACCCCAGAGCCCGCCUGCCAGCCAAGGCUGCUGCAGGCACAGCCCCUGCCCUGCUGGCACAGCAUCACCAGCCUGGCCCUGGCUGGGAGAGUGAGCUGGCUGCUGCGGGCACAGCCCCUGCCCUGCUGGCACAGCAUCACCAGCCUGGCCCCGGCUGGGAGAGCGAGCUGGCUGCUGCGGGCACAGCCCCUGCCCUGCUGGCACAGCAUCACCAGCCUGGCCCCGGCUGGGAGGGCGAGCUGGCUGCCGCAGCCGCUGCCCGCUGCAGCUCCGUGCUGGUCUGCACCGGGGUGUACGACCCCCACAGCGAGGUGGCCCUGCCCAGCAGGGACAGCAUCGCCCAGAACGUGUUCCAUGGGCACAGGGAUUUCAGCUUCGACCCUGCCUUGGUGGAGCCAGACCACAUCGUGCCUGACGUGGAUGCUGCUGUAGACCUGGUCUUCCAGCUGGAGAACUUUGCACCUCAUUGAGGCGACAGGAUUUCUUAGCGACCACUCAGUGCUGUGAUUUUCUUGCCCCAAACACACUGUGCUUUACAGGAGUGCCACAAGGUGCUGCCUUCUAAAUUUUUUAACCUCUAUUAGGUAUGCUUAUCAGUAGUACAUGUAGGUACAUGUGUGUGUUUAAUUAUAUAAAACAUCAAUAAUGCUUUUUAUAGUGCUUCUAAAUAUGUAAUUUAUGGCUGGAGUUACCCUUUACUGUCUUCCUCUUUGUUAUGUUAGGGACUUUAAUAGCAAUAUUUCAUAGUAACCUAUUCAUGUACUGGUACUUAAAUCCCUCCACGACAGCACCUCCUUUUGUUUGCUGGAAGAUUGAGCUUUUAGGUGUUGAGGACCUUGAGAAUUCCAGAUCGUGGUGCGGGGUCACUCAGUCCAUUCCACGUGGGCUGGUACAGAGCACAACAUGUAUUAAUGCCUGGCAUUCUGCAAGUACUGAACGCUCCCUUCAAUCAGAGUGGAGUUCAACCUGUUCCACUUUGGACUUGCUCUCAUCUGACCUGCUGCUGCCUUUCCUGGUGUCUGUUUACCCAUGUCCCUGGAGUUUUAUUGCUCCUCUCUGCUGGGUGAAGCCUUAAGUGUGUUGGAACUCCAUAGUCCUGGAAGGGAAGCAGCAGACCUGGGUGCCCUCUGUGGCCUUCUUGUCUUUCUAUAUUUUCUAUAUUCCUCUCCUCUCUCCUCUCUCCUCUCCCCUCCCCUCUUUUAGGAAUUUAGAACCUUAGAAAGCUUUAGCAGUUUUGUUUCAUGUGUUUCUGUGAGUUGGGACUUUACACUGAAUCAGUGACUACUGCUCAGCCAAAAAGUGCCUCCUAAUUUACUUGAAGCCUCAUACCACUGUGGUAAUUAACUGGCCUUUAAUGUAAUCUAUUUCAUCUCAUGUCAACGUUAUUUGUUGUUUGGUUCGUGGAUUUUAUAGCUGUUAGUUUAAAAAUUAAUUUAUUUUUUGUUAUUUUUGUAAAAUACUUCCAAAGUUUUCAUCCCAAAGAUGCCUUGGAAAAUAUUUGUGUUAUUUGUUAUAACACAUAAGCUUGGAAAACAUAACCCAAUUAAUUGUUUUAAACCAAAGUCAACUUACACACAAAGAUCAAUUCACUUAGGGACUAGUCAGGUUUUUAAGAUUGUUUGUUUUUCAAAUCAGAAAUUGUACAAACAAAACCUGGGUGUUUCUUUCUCCCAGGUUCCUGCAGGGCUGUCAGAAUGACUUCCUGGCCGAAUCCUGCCCUGCUCCUUGUCCCAGCAGCAGCUCUGAGAGCCCCCAGCUGCUGUGCAGUCAGAUUUUGUUGUGUUCCCUCUGUUUGCAGAGCACUGCAAUCCCCCUGCACUGUCAGGAUUGUUGAUUCAUUUCUUGUAGUGUUUCCUGAGCACUUUCAGUGUCUCACUGAAUGCAGUGUGAGGACACUGCUCUGAACAGUUCAUGUCCUGCUUCUUCACUGGAAAAGGAUUUACAGCAGCACAUUCUUGCCUUUUUAAUUGGUACAGUGAACAGAUAUUCACCUGUUUCUAUAGCACUUUCCUGUCAUACACCAAGUAUUUGCAAAGAACGCUGAAUCUAAGUAAAGAUUGUAAUUCUGUAAGGUCAGGGGGAUUUAAAGUCACAUUGUUUCAGUACUAAAACAUGUUGCAAAACUCUCUAAUUUUACCAGAAUGGGUGAAGCAAGGAAUAAAAAUGUUGGAAGUUGCUGAAGAACAGAAAAUGUUCCAUUUGUUUCUCCUUUUUUUCUCUACUAAGUGGACAAACACUUCAAAAGGCUCAUGAAAGAGCUGCAUAUAGACCUCUUAGAUCUCAUCCCUCAUGGAAACAUGAACAUAAAAUGCAUUUGUAGAAGAGGAAGACAGCCCCUUUUUCUCUGUGACAUCACCAGUAAAAUC